UGGAGACCCCGCACGCACUAAGUGCAUGCGCGGUUUCGGUUUUUUCUCGCCGCGGCCGACCACGAGGGGCUCGGACGGGCGGAAAAGAGGUCUAGGAAGCAGCUGGGGGGCCAAAACUUUGCGGACUUUUAUUGCUCGCGAGGCGCAAUUGUUGCUUAAUUCAGCCGGGGGCGCCCCUUUUUCGGCUGGAAAAGCCGCCAGCGCACGCCCCCAGGGACCCUCCAAGCCGCCAGCGCGCGUCCCCAGGGCCAGCGACGCCGUAACGGGCCGAUUCGUGGCUCUUGCUUGUGGAGCUCUCCCAGUGAAGCUAGCCGGCCGCGCGGCCAAAGCGAGCUACACCGCGCGUCGAGCAGCAGCUCGAGGCUUCAGGAAGCCCCCCAGCGGCCCAGCUCGGGCGCAGGGUGCCUCCCUAAAGCCCAGAAACCCGGCUUCCGCGAGCGCUAGAAUCGGCGGCACCCUCCCAGAGGGAAGCCCCGCCGGAGCGCCGCAGCGCCCAUCGAAGCGAGCGAAUCCGGCGGCACCCUCGAAGAGGGCAGCUCCGCCGGCGCUCCGCCGUUAACCACGGCGACCAUGAAGACAUUACGGUCGAGCUCCCCGGUCGCCACCCGGGCCCGGGAGGGCAAGCCCCCGGCCAUCUUGAAAACAACCACCAAAAGCGUGACGCGGCGCACGGUGACGCCGUCCGCGCCUCUAGCGCAGAAGUCGAGCAUCGAAGUCGGCUGGACGGGAGUCGUCCAACGGAAGGAUUCAUCAUUGCAGAUCGCCGAGGUCGUGGAGUUGGACGCGUCGAAGCGGCGAGUGUAUGUCCACUACGUCGCCCACGACCGAAGGAACGACGAGUGGGUGUCAUUGGAUAGUCUGCGGCAGCCGUGCGCGACGCCGCCUGGUGCGGCCCAUAAGGUGAGGACGCCGACGUCGCCGCGGCAGCAGCCUCGGUCGAGGAAGCGCCAGCGCAAGGCGGACCCGAGGCGAACACCGAGAGGCGGCGGGUUGCACUCGUCGCGAGUGGACCCGUCCGUAGCACAUCUACUCGAAGAGGCGCGCCACAAAAAGACGGCCGUGAAGAACAUCGAGGCCGUCAUCUUCAGCCAGUGGCGCUUAGAACCGUGGUACUGGGCGCCCUUCCCGGAGCAGUACCACCACCAGGCCCUCUACUUUUGCGACUGGACGCUGCGGUAUACUACUUCGCAGAUUCUGGCGGUGGAACAUCGGACGCAGUACAAGGCGUCCAGGGCGCCUCGUAGACCUCCAGGCGUACGUUGUUAUGGCCCGGACGACGACGACAUCUGUCUCUGGGAGGUCGACGGCGAAUCGGAGCCUAGGUACUGCCAGAACCUCUGUUUGCUCGCCAAGCUGUUCUUAGAUCACAAGACGCUGUCGUUUGAUGCGGAACCGUUUAGAUUCUACUGCCUCACCAAAAAGAGUGUGGGUGACGACGGCGUCGAGGAGCACGCGCUCAUGGGCUACUUUUCCAAGGAGAAGGUCUCGGCCUUGAAUUAUAAUUUGGCCUGUAUUCUGACGCUGCCGCAGUUCCAGAGGCAGGGCGUCGGGACGCUGAUGAUUAGCUUGUCGUAUGCUCUAUCGGUACGGGAGCAGAAGGUUGGUUCUCCAGAAAAGCCUCUGUCUGAUUUAGGGAAGUUGAGUUACAGAGCCUACUGGUCCUAUAUCAGUCUGAAGCUCCUGGAGGACUAUGAUGGCGACCUGACGCUAAAAGAGUUGGCUCGGACCAAAGGUCUUUGUUCGGAAGACGUCAUCUCGACGCUGGAACAUUUAGGGCUGCUGCGCGAGUGGCGCGGCCAGCUCGUGGUCCGCGCGGACCGGAAGGACAUCGCUGCUAAAUUAGCCGCGAUCAAGCGGCCGCCGCGGCUCUGCGACGAGCGGUUCAUGUGCUGGACGCCGCCCGCCGACGACUCGGACUAGGGUCUUUGGUGGAUGCCCGAGGCGUUCGCACGACACUUUAAUUACUUACUUGACAAUG